AAACUAUUUAAUGCGUGUCUCUGCGUAAGCCGUGAGACCAGAAAAUGGCACGAGUAUUGGAUGUCUUAUUUUUUCUUUAUUUCUUUACUCACAUACCAAUUAGUUUGCUUGUGGAUUUUCAGGCAUUAAUACCGUCUAAGUAUUAUCCUCAGCAGGUAGGCAUACUUAUAUUACUGUGUAACGCUUUUUGGGGCACAUUUAAUGAUGUUAGCGUGUGAUUAAAUCGUGUAAUCUGUGACCGGAGGUUACCGGCGACCGGUAUUCGGGGUACGCAUUAAGUAAGUGGAGAGGGUUUUUGUACUUAAAAAUUACUUUUUGCGUAUGGGGCGUGUGUGUGCUCUCGGCAGAAUCCUAACAGUCCAUAAAUACUCGGUUGUAGAUUAUUCACUUUCAUUUAUAAAUUAUAAUAUAAAGUAUUUAUUGGUCAUAAUUGGGGUAAAAGUGCAGUUCAGGUCCAGGUGCAUAUAUUAUUUCUGGCCGGCACUACGUACACCGCGGCGGUGUACCUAGCGAAACUAUUGACUUUGGCCUGCGUACACCACGGCGGUGUACCUAACUAAAUCAUGGUCUGUGGCCUGCGUACACCGCAGCGAUUUUAAGUAGCAAAACUAUGGUCUUUGGGAGUCUUUAACUUUUUGGCCUAACCGGUACUUGUAGAUUUAAUGUUAUACUCGUGUUAAAACUGAAAACUAUUUAUUUAAAAAUCGUUUAGUACUAUGGGAGGAGGAUAUUGAUUAAGUUCCACGCUAAUGUGGCAAAGUACUUGUAGAGCAUUUCUUAUUUUUUUUUUGGAAGGUGUAAUGUUAAACCAUGAUUUAUUUUUGAAGGUAACCACUUUAUUCUCCACCCCCCCCCCCCUUCCCUCCCCAAUAUAUUGAAAUACAAAUAUAUUUAUUUAUUGUAAGUUUUAUCAUAUGAUUGUGAAUCUUAAUAGGCAUAAAAAGGGUAGCUAAUUUGUUUGGGGGGGGGGGGCAUUAUAAAUAUAACAUUGUAUGUGAUCCCUCGGGGCGUGGUGCAAAAAUGAAUGAGAAAGCCAGUGAAUCUAUUUUGUUAGCACCAAGAUAUAAUUACGACACAAAUACACUACGGGAAAAGAAUUAGUUAACUAUAACUGCCUGUAUUUAAUUAUAAAAGAAUACACAUAAGUUUACAUGACAAAAAAAAUUUUAAAAUACGAAAUGCGUUAAGAAAUAAUACACGCACCUGAACUGCACUUUUACCCAUAAUUGGUCUACACUACCUAUUUAUUAAUUACUUAAACUUAGUCUUUAGACUUAAACUGUUAAUGUUGUUGUUAAUGUUAGGGUUAUUUAAGAGAGAGCGGCCCAAGUCUAUUUCCAUGGCCGCCAUCUUGGUUGCCUCGACCCGCGCCCUUUAACGUGUUCACGGGUCGAGGCAGCCAAGAUGGCGGCCAUGGAAAAAUAAAAUAAUUCACGUCUGCUAAAAUUUGGAAGAAAAAUUUUAAAAUGUAUGAAAAAAUUGUCUGAAAUCGAUCACUAUGCCUAACCUGAACCCUAAAUCUAUCCCUAUGCCUAACCCUAAAUCUAUCCCUAUGCCUAACCCUAACACUAAAUCGAUCCCUAUGCCUUACCCUAACCCUAAAUCGAUCCCUAUGCCUAAAUCGAUCCCUAUGCCUAACUCUUAACCCUAAAUCGAUCCCUAAGCAUAACCUGAACCCUAAAAACUAGCCGUAAAUCCACAAGUGAAAACACAUGAAAUUUCACACUUUGGCAAGAAAACUAUAAAAAUUAACAAAAAACAAUAAAAAGGGCCCCAAAUAAUUAUAAACUGAAGAAAUAAUGAAAAUCCAACUUACAGUUUCAUGAAAUACACUUUUACACACUUAAUUUCAGGUUCCAAGGAAAAUAUAGCCACAAAAUGAAUAAAUCUCCACACCCCACAGGCACCCUAAAGAUAUCAAAUAUGGCGGAACAACCGAAAUGUGAUGAGCCAACCAAUGAAAAUUUUACAAUUAUAAUUAAUCAACCAAUAAAAUUUUAAUUCCGACAAUGUAACUCUUUUAACAAAAAAUACGAAAGAAAUAAGGGGAGUGAAUCCAAAACAAAGUCGUCAUGGCCGCUCAAUCUGAAACAGCAAAUUAAUGUAUGACGAGUCGCGUCAGCAAUAAAUUUUACUUUUAUUUAAGUCUAACAUUUAUUAGGCCUAUUCAUAUUUAUUCCUAUUUGUUAAUCUUGUAUCCACCACAGGCCACAGUCACAGGCCUCGUAAAUUUUUAGUUAAUGCAGUAUGAUAAAUAAGAUGGGUUUUGCAAAGAGUUGUCUCACCCUAAAUGCAGUCACAUCACUUUUGGGAAUCCCAACACUGGACUUAAUGAAAGUUAAUGUGAAUAGACCAGUUCUUGGUCCUAAACAAUGUGUGUUAUUGAUAUAUAUGAUGUUGUUUUAAAAAUUCUGAUGUCCUGAGAGCUAUCCACAUGGGAAAUAUUAGUGUUUCAUGCUUAUGACAUUAAUAAAUUGUUCACAAAUAUUUCACCUGUGAUUCCUGAUAAUGACAACAUAAGAUUUCAUUACGCCCAUAACAUAUAGUAUACUAUAUAAUGUACACUAAUGAAGUAGUUCUUUGUCUGUAUGUCUUACUUUCAGAUAUUUUCACCAACCACUUCUGAGGGGAUGAGGGUCCCUCGGGUCCCAAGUUACCCUCUGAAAAUCUGGUCACUGUACCUAACCUAAUUAUAUUCUUUUUUGUUAGGCUACAUUUGUGAUUGUUUUAGAUAUAAGACUGGGCAUUGUGACAACAUAUUCUCUUUUGUUGUCAUACUGUAACCUCUACUUUUUCUAGGGGCUAGGGAUGUUAACUAAGUUUUUUUGUUUUUUUUUGCAAAGCUGUUAUCAGUAUUGUUAGGAUUCCAGUUUCAAAAUAUUUCAACCAGAAUAUACCGAUAAUGUAUAUUUUGUAUCCAAUAGCUACAGCCUUGUUACCUUGUAAUACUCAAAAUAUCUUUAAUAUAAAUUAAAACAAGUACUCAGGAGGAAAAAAAAAAUAACCUAGCUAUCCACCCUCCCUUAUACUUAUUAACAACUUGGAGGUACCGGUAUUCUCUAAAGUUCUGUCAAAUCUCUUUGUUUUAUCACAAUUAUACUAUACACCUUUGAAAAAGUAUCCAUCUCAUUUAAGAACCACUGAAAUAGAAAUGUUAAUGUUGAGGGUCUUUAACAAUAGUAAAAAAAAAUUCCUCACCACAAAAUUUUUUAAUCGUCCACUUCAACAGAUGUAAAAAAAAAUUACCGGUAUUAAAAUUGUUGGUUCCCUUCACACAAAAAAAAUAGCCAUGUCUUUUUCUUUUACAGCUGAUUGAAGUUAAAGAAUGGUACUGCCGUGAAUUCCGAGAUCCUCUGAUGCUUUCUCCUCCCAUCUGGUUCAAGUCUUUAAUUGUUUGUGAAUUUUUCCAGUUCAUAUUCUUUUUUGUUGCGGCUUAUGGCUUUUUUAAAGGUAAGACUGCUCUGUUAUUUUCGAAAGCUAUCUUUGGUGUAUACUGUCCUUUCAAGAUCUGGAUGAUUUCUUUGUGUUUAUUUUCACUUCUAAAAAGGUAAAAUGCAAUUCAUUUUAUUAUUAUUUUGAACAAAACCUUACCAUCUUUUUUAACAUUCGCUGGUUAAAUAAUUUUCUAAAUGCUCUUUUUUUUUUUUUUUAACUUUAGGAGUUAAACAGUGAUUUUUUUUUUUUUUUUUUUUUUUUUUUUUUUUUUUUUUUUUUUUUUUUUUUUUUGUUUAAAUAUUUUUUUUUUUUUUCUUUUUUUUUUUUUUAACCUUAGGAGCUAAACAGUGCAAGUGGUUACGGUUGCCCUCCUUGAUAUAUGGAUCUCAUGUUGCAACAACUCUGAUUCCAAUUUUUACGCAUGUCUUGUUUUACGACUUCUCCAACGAGAAACUGCCCAGCCCUAGGAACCUUAAUGAACGGCUGACUCUGCUAUCCGUUUAUAGCCCCUACUUGAUUAUUCCCAUUCUGCUCAUCCUUGAUGCACUUUUUAGUUCAGCUUAUCGUCCCUCAUCAUCCCAGCAACAGAAGCCAAAGCAGCAGCAGAAGGUGCAACAGCAGCAGAAGCCACAACAGCUACAGAAACCUCAACAACAAAAGUCGCAACAGCAACAACAACAUCUGAAGAAAACCAAAUAAUGUAAAUGCCAGCAAUUGGUCAUUAGUUAAUUUUAAGUCCACAAUGUAUUCAAUCUUUUUGGCCUUGCUAUAAUGAAAUUGUCAUUCUUUUUGAAAAAAUUAAGAAAUUUUUACUUAGCCAUGAACUAUUUAAUUUUAAAUAUUGUUAAAAUAUUUUAAUUUAAGAAGAUUGUUGUGUGCAUUUUAGUGAGCAACUACUUCAUAAGAGAAUGCUAUAUAUUUAAAUUCUGCUAAAGUCUGUUGAUGAAUGACAUGGCUGAGUUUGAUGUUAUUAAAAGUCAGCACUACUGAUAAAAAUCUUAAAUUCCUGUAAUUAAUACAUUCUCAUUCAGAUGGAAGUUUUAUUAAUAGCGAGGAUACUGAUAUUUUUAGAUCACAGUUGUGUGUUUAAAAAAAAAAGGUAAAAAUUGUCUGGAUACUGGUAAAGUUAAGUGGCUCAUUAAAUUAAUUAUUUAUUUAUUUAUUUAUUUAGGCAUUUUUAUAUAGCGCUUAUCAUAAAGCUCUAAGCGCUUUACAAUUAUUAAAACAAGUAAACUAAGUAAAUACAAAUGAGACACUAGGAUAGUAACUACUAUUCUAUAGAAACAAUGAAAAUGGCUAUAAAAAGAGGACACUUUGACACUUCAGGAUUAAACCGAAACAGAAAAUUAGGUAGGGCAAGGAGGGUGCAUCACAGGUCAUAGGCGGACCUAAACAGAUGAGUUUUAAGGGACUUUUUGAAAAUGGACGAGGUUUCACUAUGACGUAUAUGGAAGGGGAGCUGGUUCCAGAACGUGGGCCCAUGGAAGCAGAAUUAUAAUUUUAGCAAAUUUAUUUGGAUGUAGAUAAGUUACACGUAAUAUUAUUUUAACAAGUUCAGAAUUUCACCAAAUUAAAUGCAUCCAUUUUUAUAGAGAUCUAUGUAAGCCUACCAAAUUAUAUUAUAUUGGUAUUUGAUGAAUGGAUUUUUAAAUUUUUUUCGUGCUGUUAGUUUUAGAAUUAAAACUUUAUGUUUGAUAUGACUACUAUAGUUAGUUGUGUAUUAAAGUGAUCAUCUGUUACUAUUUGAAUGUUUGAUAUGUACCGUAAUGAUGUUUUUAAACUACACUUAAUGUGAUUUGAUAAAGAAGAUAGAUUUUUAUAAACAAAUUUUGCUAUGUCCUUCAUAAUCAGAUUAAAUCUGUAAAAUAAAAUUCCAUUUCAGUUUCUUUUUUAAAACAUUUUUUAAAUAUUUAAAAAAAAAAAAAAUACAUUUAAAGUGUAUAUUUUUAUAAUUAUAUGAAUUAUAGUUUUCUGUUCCAAUACAAUCUCUUGGUUCUCAAAGCUUGAUGACUCUGUAUGUUGAGGACUUAAGUCAAGUCACACCUUCAAACAAACCAUUCAACAUGAAUCUGUGUGAGCUAAGUAGGUCACCACAUUCUAAACUGAGUGUUGAUUGUUUGUUUAAAAAUUGUGUGUUUGCAAAAAUUUCUUAUCCAAUGUCAUACUAUAGCUGGUGUCAUCUAAUACUGACACAUAUCAUAUAAAAUAAAUACCUACGCAUGUCUUGGUAUUAUUUUAUCAAUUUCUCAAUUAAUUUGAAGUGUCUAUUUUGCUUGUGUUCACUUAAAUAGUUAUUAAAAAGCUUAGUCCAUAAGAAGCUUAGUUCAUAAGAAUAACGAUGAUGAAAAAAAAAAGAUUGCCCUAAAGUGUUGUUCCUUCGUGAUGUAAUGUUGAACUGACCACCUUUGUUUCUUUGUUUGUUGAAGCAUGACCUAGCAUUUAAGAGACCAGCCGACUGAUUGGAAGAUUUCAUGUUUAAACAUUUAAUGUAACAUUGAUGGAUUCUUUUAAUACAGAUAUAUAUUUUUUUUUUAAAGUUAAAGACAUAAUAAUGUAUUAUUUUAGCACAAAACAAUUAAACUGACCUUUUAAACAUUGAAA